AUGCAUUUUCAAGUUGUUGAUUUUCACAUCUACAAACGCAUUGAAAUAUACAACAACAAGCUGGUGAAACAGCAACAAGAUUCUGUUGCGUUGUUUUGCAUUCUUCGUUCUUUCUUAUGCGAUUACGACAGAAAAAACAAAAAUAUAAAAAAAAUUGAGGAGAAAUGCGACAAGAAGUCUUUUGGUAAACAUUGA